AUGACGGACACAGGUAGUAUUCGCUCGUCAGAGGGUGCAUGUAGCUCAUUAGGAGACGAACGGGAACGGGCAAGAGUUGUGCAAAAAAUUACAGAGCUUAAAGACAAAUUGAAAGCAAAUAAUGAGUCAGGCGAAGCACGGAUUGAAAAGUUUUUGGCAGUUACGAGGCAAUCCGAAGUAGAAAGAGGAGUAGGAUGCGAUAAUCCACAAUUAGUGCGCAUUCGAGCAAACUUUGAAAGACAAAAUAAGAGACACACGCAGGAAACAGAAAUGCUUAAGAGAAAGCUACACGAAUAUGAACAGAAGCUUGCUGCCCUAGACAAAGGAGAGUAUGAGCCAAGUCCGAGCCGAUCUAGCGUAAUCUCUCAAGGAAUAAGAAAAGCUGGGGCAAAUAUGAAAGGCAUGACGGAAACUGUGAUGACUGCUCCGAUGGAGUUUGCCCACAAGAUUAAAACUGCAUUUGGAUCUGCCGAUAAUGUGAAUGUUUCACGAACUUCAGACGGUCAAAUCGGUCAUUCCACAUUCUUUACUGAGCGUAGAAGUGCCGACAACGAAACAGACCUGAAUAGUGACGCAAAACUUAUGAAACAUACAAAGCCAAAUCAUUCGUCUGUGCGAAAUAGUUCAACUCUUCCACCAAAUAUGAGUUUAAGUUGCGGGAUUCCGGAUAAUGAUUAUCCAAUGCGUCCAGGAAGCUCUGAUGAUGGAAAUAUCUCCCAAAUGUAUCGAACAGCAAAUAAUAGUCUCUGUUCGCCACCAAAUGCUGCCCAUGUUUCCCAUCUCUCCGCCCAUGAUCCUUAUGCUGGCGAUAUUGCUUGCCAAAUCAACGAUCAGCUGAAAACAAUGAUUCAAAGGAUAAAUGGCAUAGAGUUGAAAUACGAUCAACUAGCGAAAGACGUAUCACGUGAGAUUGAAUAUUAUACGAAUGCAUUGGAGGAGGAAAGAUUCAAAAUAACGAAACUUGAAGGAAUUUUGAAUGAGACAAUUGAACUUCACCAAGCGGAACUUUCGUCUCUAAAAGAGCAAAAUCUCAUGGCGGUGCGCGUCGACUACCAGCAUAACGACAGAUUCAAAAACAUUGAGGAGAGAAUUGAAUCUGUUCAAAAUCAUAUGACUCGCUUGGAAACGUCUCUCACCGACGCCAUAAAUGUGCGCAUCUCAAAUCCUGUCUGGGGAAACGCUGCCCUCUCUGGGGCAAAUAUUUUAGUCGAGAUGCUCAAGAUAUUUUUGUUUGUCGUUGCAACGAUUCUUGACUUUGUCAGACCAUUAACGGGCUCUAGAAAUAGAGCAGGAGUUCUUCUUGUCCUCAUUUUGGUGUUGUUCUUGUUCGGUGGAAAUAUUGUCAAAUGGUUCCCUAUUAACUAUUUGUUUGACAAAAUGAAUAAGAACAACACCCCUCCAAGAAAUGGCGAAUUGUAA